AUGUUCGGGUAUCCCAAUAGAAUCAUUACAGAUAGAGGAAAGGCUUUCACCAGUCGUUAUUUUAAAAAAUUUGCAGAGGAAACACAAUUUAAACACGUGUUAAACGCCAUAGCGAGCCCGAGGUCAAACGGACAAGUGGAACGAGUGAAUCGCACAAUCAUAGAUGGCCUAAACACUAUGUCGGAGAGCGAAAAUACAUGGGAUGAAAAUCUAUCGGAUGUUCUAUGGGGCAUAAAUAAUACACCCAAUUCUACCACUUCUUUCCCUCCAUUCAAACUCUUAUUCGGGCACGAAAAUUCCCGUUUACCAGCUUACCCUAAGGGAGAUUCAAAAGAUUUCGCUAUACAACAGCAAGCACUACAGGACAGGAGGAAAAGUGCAAAACUAAAUAUAGAUAAAAAUAUGACCCUCAUGAAAAAGCGAUUUGACAUAUCCCGUUAG